CCCGAUUAGAUUGCUUUUUUAAUUAUGUCGACAUUUCACUUCCAAUUACAAAAAAAAAUCCUUUUUAGUUUCACAUAACACAAUUUUUACAGCUUUAAGUAGAGAUGGAGGAGUUAGAGGAAUUAUCCGAUGAAAGCGCUCGUGACAUUCAAACAAGCCGUACAAGAACUUUUAAUUUAACUGAUGAGAAUGAAACUUCACGUUCAAACACAGCCAGAACAAAUGAUAUCAACUCCAUACCCAUUCCAAAAUUCAAUACGUUCGAAGAUUCAUUACAUCAAAGAAAUAAUCGGAGUAACACUCGUAUAAAUACGCCAGAUGAAGUUGAAUAUAUUGCACAAAACCUAAACUUAAAACAAGCCAUUUCAACUGACAGUAUCGUCUCCAGGGGAUCGAGAAAUUUUCCACGACGUCACAGUCCCUUAGGAAGUUUUCGAAGCAUUCGAAAUUCAACAAGAAGAGAUUCUAAUCGAAAUAGUCAAAAUAAUGGAAUCAAUAUAAUUAUGGUUAUCGGAUUUGGAUUUGUAAUUGGUCUCGGUUGGGUAUUUAACAAUAUUGAAAUAUUUUUAAAAUGGUUUCAAUUUAAAUUAAACGAAUUUGAAUUGCAAUUGUUUAAAGGGAAAUCAAUAAGAGAAUUUUAUGCUAAAGAGAAAUCGAUGUCAAGGAAGUGUCUACUUAGUCCUUUGGGUGGACUAUGUUAUCUGUUACAAAUGUUAGUUUUUGUGUUUUUAAAAUCCUUUGAAAUUCUUAAAAAACCAGCUCCAAAGGGUUUGGUUAAUAAUGUCUUUAAUCGGUAUAUAAAAGAUUGAAAUGUUACUGUAUUUAUUUAGUUUGAGCUAAUAAAUUGUAAGUUUUGUUGGCUCUGAAAAUGAACCUUAACUAACUCAAGAAGAUUA